AGUCCCUCCACUAACUGGGCUUAAGUUGACGCUACUGCUGCCGCUCCUUAGGAUAAUAAGGUUUGCAAAGUAAUGUUACCACAGUCCAUCCUUACACAGGAGAAAGACACCGUCCAGCCAGAAGCCGCCAUGACGUCACACAACAACCCAAGCAACAAGAAGUACGUGAUCGCCGCUGUGUCGGUUGUGACAGUGAUUGCGUUAGCGGUGACAGGCACACUGCUGGCCGUACACUUCACGCAGAGAGCCACUGUUGACCUUAUGAAGGCUUAUCAUGUCACCUACAAAGACAGAAAUACCGAGUUUAACCAGCAAGUAGAGAUCAGCACCACUGACAAACUGGAGGCUCUCCACUCUCUUCCCAGCGACGGACAAUCUGAGACUUUUGUCCUCCAUGAUUACAAUGUCAAAAAGACUGCUCUUCGUUUCUCAGACGACAAGUCCUGCUACAUCCGGGACAUGCCUGAGAAAAUGAAAACACAAGACCUGGCAAAUGAUGAAAAAAGAUUCCAGAAUUCUGAGGCAAAUGGCGGUAAGAUCUCCGGGGUAAAAGAAGGCUACUUCCAGGCCGUUCAUGUUACAGUGGACGAGAGCACUUUGUCCGACGCCAUCUUGGAUUUCUGCUCAGGACUUAAACUCCAACUUCUGGUUCUCACCACGAAAGAAAAAAUUGCAGAGACAUCCAACGGCCCAAAACCACGCCAGAGACGCGGUCUCUUUGACCAGUUCCAGAAUUUCGCCGACAAGAAACUUAACAGCCUCAACACAGCACUUAACGCCAAUGACAACGAGGCUGGCGGAGACGUAGGUGUCGCUUCAGUCGGUGGCGGCCGUAGAGGAGGUGGUCUCGGCGUGGUCCCAAUUUCAGACCCUUACGGUCCAGGUCCAGUAGGUCCAGGCCCAAAACCAAAACCCGUUGGUCCAGUGGCUCCAGUCGGCCCUGUCCCAAAAAAGCCCAAGAACGUCGGUUGCUUCGACCAGUCUGCCUGCAAGGUGAAGGAGGGAUGCACUGUUCGUACCGACCGCGUCUGCGUGGAUUAUGGGUGGUUCUUUGGCAACCGUGGUGGUGUGGGCCGUAAAGGACAGGUGUCUGAUCCUGCUUGCCUCAAGUGGGAGUACAAUGACGUCAAGGAUUGCGUCAUCGUUAACAACUGUGAGCAGAUCUGCACUUAACUGUGACACUUUAAACUAUGACUGCAUAGCUUGUUUAUACAUAUGCCAGCUUAUAUGGUAUAUCAGGGUAAAACUCAGAUUGUCGCUAAUUGUUGAUAUGCAUGGGUUAUGUUUGAAGAAAACUCCAUUUAAUAAGUAUAAACAUGUAAAAGCUUAUAUCAUGUCAUUUCAUUUACAGAUAAAAUUCAACUGUUUUAUUUCGAGAAACAGACCAAUUAUUUAUGCCACUGUUUAGGUACAUUAGUAAAAAUAUCGUAAUCGUCAGUUAUUUUUUCUUCUUUUUUGUUUAUUGUUAAAAAGACAAUUCGUGAUCAUUAUCAUCUGUUUGUAUGUCACCAAUAAAAACAGUAACAAUA